AUGACAAACCCUGACACUGCCGCCUCAUACAACGUACCUGAAAAUGGGUACUUUGGGCCAGUAUUUACCACGAACGAGCUCACAGCAGCAUUACAAUUAAUUCGCGACCAAGUCCAAGAAUCCGCCGGCUCAUCUGAGACUGAAUAUUAUGGGCCAGUAUUCGCUAUGAGCGAGCUUGCGUCCGCGCUUAAACUGAUUCACGACCAAGAUGUUUGCAGGGCUGCCCUGCUUGCAUUUUCCGUACUCACCGUCAAACUUGUUACGUCUGCCGCGCACAUAUUUCCGCAUGUCACGCAUCAUCCUCCCGGGCCACUGAGUCUAUGUCACUCACAACAAACACUACGGCAAACGAUAAACGACAACAGUGAAAUGGACACUGUUUUAACAUUGCAGCAACGAAAAUUCACGUAG